AUGGCAUUCAGUUGUUCCCAGUGCGACUUCACCGCGCAAUUCGAGAGUGCACUAACAAUGCACCGACAACUUCACCACCCUACAGAGGACGACGUACCUCAACUUGACAAGCCACUGGAGAAAGCCAACACAUUACCAAGAGCCAAGAUCCAGAGCCCAAUCACCAACGGUAACGAGAACACGAAUUUCAAGCUUCCAGGUAGAACGUCAUCAGCGACGCGUCUGUUCGACAGACUAAGGGCCAAAAUCUACAAAAGCAGAACGCUGUUCUCGCACCCGGAAGAGAAUGAUCCAUUGAAAACGUUUAACGAUAUCUCGAUACCGAGCGAAUGCACAUCUAAACAUUUGAGAAUCGAUUCCGUGUCCCGAACUAGCGCAAUGACCACGUGCCUCAGAGAUCUGCAUAAAGAAACAUACGGAUGUCAUCUUUGCUCGUCCGAAUUCGACAGAAUAACGGCCCUGGAUAGGCAUCUUUUGAACGAUCACAAGAUAAGUCUAGAGGAACUACUCAAGCUAGUUUUGAAUAAAACGAAAGAUUGUCUUAACGACGAGGACAGCGCGAUUUUGGGCAUCAAGCAGCCCUAUUACAAGCCGCCAGACGAAAUAAUCGAAGAUGGCGAGUUCAUUAUCGAGACGGUCACGCCUAAAAUUAAAAUAUUGAAGCACACAUCGACGAAUACAGACUUGCAGUUGAGUGAUGCGUUUGUAAUGAAUGACGUAGCGGACGAUGGCCGCGAUCUGUUGUUAGCCAAAAUGAAAGUCCUCAAUGAUUGCAUGUGCAAGUUUGUUGAUUCUUCGAAUGCACUGAAGAAGGUUCUGGUUAAAGAGAUUGACAAUAAAACUGGACGUGCUCGUAUGAGCGGAGGCGAGCCUGUGUUUAAUCUUAGUUUGGGAGACCACGACUCACCCCGCGAUUGGAACAGAACACACAGCGAGAAUCUGCAGAGAAGGGAAAACAAACAUGGCGACAGAAUUGAAAAGACCAAGAUGUCGAAUGAGAGUUUUUAUUUUUGA